AUGCGUUAUUUGGUGAAACUGAAGCCGCUAGAAUCGUGCGACUCAUGCUGCGGGCGUGCCUUGAUGCCGCGUGGAUUACAAGAACAACUGAUCAAGCAGCUCCAGGAGCAGCACUACCAGCAAUACAUGUCGCAGGUGUACGCGCAGCACGCUCAGCAGGGCGCCGGUGGUGACGGCGACAAGCCGCCGCGAUCCGCCGACGACGAGAAGGCUCACGAUGACGAUAGCGACGCCAGUGACGAGGAGCCGGGCGACGAUCUCCCUUGCCCGGUCACGGGCACUGGGGCCCGUCUAUCUGACCCGGCUAUGAAAGACCUUAACGAUAUCCAUAUCACGGCCGCCAGCUUUAUCACGCAGCCGGAAGCGGCUGUCGCUGGCGAGCAGCAGCAACAGCAAAUAUCGCUCACCGAGCAUAUCCAGCCCGAGAGCGGCCCCGUGCUCGAUUAUACGCCCCCGCAGCCAGCGAACCCGAACAUUGCGCCGGCGUCGUUGUGGAAUCGGCAGGACAUUGUCGAGUUCAAGGACAACAUUCGGGCCGAGGGCAAGGAGGGAUGCAUUAAAGUGGGACAUGGCGAGACGGUUACGGUUCGCGUCCCCACGCAUGAGGAGGGCAGCUGCCUCUUCUGGGAAUUCGCCACCGACCACUACGACAUUGGCUUUGGCGUGCUGUUCGAGUGGAGCAUCGCCGACACCGAUCAGGUGACUGUUCACGUGUCCGAGUCGUCCGACGAGGAGCUGGAUGAGGAGACCGAGGUGGCCAUCGGAGCCGAGGGUGGAGCCGCAACGCCGGGGGGUACAGCUCCAGGAGACGUCGAAUCCGGCACGCCACGCCUUGUCCGCAACCGCGACCCCAGCAAGCCGCGACAGGACGAGAUCAUCCCUGUGUACCGUCGUGAUUGUCAUGAAGAGGUAUACGCCGGCUCUCACCUCUACCCGGGCCGUGGUGUCUACCUCCUCAAAUUCGACAACUCCUACUCGUUGUGGCGCUCGAAGACGCUCUACUACCGCGUCUAUUACAGCCGU